AUGAUAUCCUUGAAGUCUGUCAUAGAGAUUGGUCGCGCAAAGAACCCUGCGGUGAACAUGGAUUUGCAAACAUGGGAUACGAUCAGAAAAAAUCGCAUGAAGCUACGGGAUGAAUAUAACAUAGAUCACUUGGAGUUGCUUCGCUAUUUGAGCGACAAGGGCGUCUUCAAUGAAAUUCAAGUGAAGCAGGUCAAAGGGAAGGAAGAAGUUCUAGUCGGGAAGACAAUGGAGUUAUUGAAGCAAAAUCCGCUAACUUUGGGAAUAGUGGCGAUAGCCAAAGAAAGAAGAAAAGUUGGAGUAGGAAAAAAAGUUCGAGAACUGACAAUGGGAGUGCAGGUAAUUGUGUUCCCCACUAGUGAUUAUGUUUGUCAAGAGGGCUAACGAAAGCCCUCUGGUCGCGCUUUCGGCACUAACUACGAAAUCAGACAAUCACCGUUGCGAUCAAAGCAUA